AUGGAUUCAGAUGGCAUACAGGACUAUACAUUUUAUAGCUCUAACAGUCAGAUUAUCAUCGGUUUUACAUCUUUAACAAGUUUCAAGGUUUAUUUACUAGCCGGCGAUUCGAAUUCGAAUUAUUCGCAGUCGAUCACUGCACAGAUACGUGAUAUGUAUGGAGCAAUUCGAUUCUAUGAGAUACCAAUAGUAAUUACAUUCAAGAAUCAUUCUGAUGCGUCUUCUUCUUCAUCCUAUCUUGAAGGCUUGAAUAAUCGCGCUACAGCUCAUGAUUAUUUACUAAAAUUCCCUCAAAAUCUUCCGAUAACAACUGUUGAUAGUGUCAAACUGCAGGGAUCGGCUGUAACGCAGCUGACACAGACAACAUCGGAGUUAACACGUAAUGGAGCAGUACCAUCAACCAAAUGUACUCAAUUGGCAAAUGCACUGAAGCAAAUGGCUCAACUCAUUACCUGUGAAGAUGCACAAGCUGCUGCCAAACAGAUAGCACAGUGCACAAGUAAUGUGCACACGGCAAAUGAAAUUAUAAUCAAUACGGAUGCAUCAAUAUCUGCUAUUAUUAAUGUUUUGGCAUGUCAUAUGAAUAUUGGACAGAAAACUGUUGUUAAUACGUCUUCAGUCAUCACAUCAUUAGAAAAAACGACUGUUAAUCUCUUAUCCAAUAUGACUAUUACCCCCUUCAGUGGAUCAUACGUUUCCUUACCACAGCUUUUUAAUAUCUCAAUGAAUUAUACGGAUUCUACACCAGUGACAGUUAGUGUGAGUAGAAGAUCGUGA